UAUCUUUGAUUUGUACUGAGUGGUUUAUCUUGAACAUCAGCGCUCAGCGAUGAGCAUCACAUCUUGAAAUCCCAGCCUACUGCCAGUGGUUCUUUGAACCAUGCCACUGCCACACAUGUGCAGGUACUACUACUAGUAGGCCUGAAUCCAGCUCCAUGAGUUCGAGCCACCAUGAAGACGCUUGCCCUAUGGAGCCGGAGAGAAGAGAAGCCAUUAACGCCUUCGCGCUGUGGAACACUAAGGCAUUUCAAGGUUUAAGUUCAACGGUCGUACGCACUGCCUUCUUUAUAUUUCCUUUUUCGUUCCUACUGUUUCAAAUUUUCAACUCAUCUACCUGCAGCCUGGCUUAUACACUACGGACAAGUCGAGUAGCGUGUAGUGCCGGGAAAUACCGCCCGGCACCAAGCACUGUAUACGAUCAGCCCAAGAAAGGUUUUGAUAGUCGACACUUCACGAACCUCGGAACCGGUACCAUCCGUAUUCUCUCAAGUUUACUCGAACGUUCUCAUCCGAAAAGCCUAUCGCCUCUCUUCCGCAACGUCUUUUCACGAACUCUCCCCAUUAUUUGCAUUACCCGUCGAACUCAUUAUCUGCCUUACAAUAAGGUCGUGUCAAGGUUUGUUGAACUAGAAAGUAUGGUAGACCGUUUUCUCGUGCAAAGAUAUUUUCGAAUGUAGGUGGACAAAAAUACGAAUGGAUGAGCCGAUCGAUCGAUUCUUGAAGCUUGAGUAGCAGGGUCUGAAUCCACAACGCAAACCGGUGUCAUAUUCAGCCCGCCAUGUACAAGUUGCAUUAUAGAGCAUUUUCCCUCAGACCUGUAGGAUCGGGUUGUCAUUGUUUAUAUUAAACCGCAGCGAUGACAAGCGUCUGAAAGAACCUUUUUGCACUAGACUGCUUAAAACCGGGUGCAAACACUUCAGCUGGAUGUGACGACCAGACUACGG